UAAAGAAAAAGUUCGAUUAUAAACAAUUUUUACGUUUAAUGUUAUUAAAAGUUUUGAAUUUGAAAGUAAUAAAAAUAUUGAUUUAAUUAUCUCUUUUCAUAGAUUAGCAGCUAUAUCAAUAAACUUCAAAACAUUUUUUACUUAUGUCAAUAUUGUUUUCAAAACAAAAUAUUCAACACGACUUUAAAAACACUGGUAUAUUUAAAAUGGAUAUUGAAGACACGUCGAACGACGUUGUAGCAAUAAAUUCAGAUGAUGACGACGAGGAAGCUUCUAAUUCUGAUAAGCCGAUAAUUAAUCUAUUUAAAAGAUUAAUAACGAACAACAGUAAACAGAGCACAGUAUUGACUAACACUCAAAUUAUUGAUAUACUCAAUAAGGAGUUUAACGUAAACAUAUCAGAACUCCAUGAAUUAGAAGGAGAUAUAUACUUAACAAUCAUGAAAAAAUAUCUUAAGGAUUGGCCACAAUGGGACGAAUUUGAUAGAGUCAUUACUGGCUUAAAAGGUCAAAAUAAAGAAGCUGAAAUGGAAAGGAUAUUUCAAGCUAAAUAUGUUAAUUUGAAAAACUAUUUAAAGGUUAUGCUCGAUUCUGCACAAGGCUUGGCAAAAGCAACGGUUAAAAAAGCGACUGAUAAUAAAAUUGUAUCGACCAAAGAAUCAAAUAAAGAUAUAACGAAUAGUACCGUUGUCCUCGAAAUCCAUUCAUCAAGGAACCAGCUUAAUCAAUUAUUCUUCAGACAACCUCAUUCGAAACUGAAUAAUACACUUUUCAAUGCUCUAUUCUCUUUGCCGACUCAAAUACAAUUGAAAAUGUUGCCGCUAGAGGCGAUACUUAACUGGUGGGGAGUUAGUAUAAGUUUAUUAAACGACACAAACAUACGUGCUUACAAACGAGAAACCAAACAUGAACUUAGUCAUGUUCUGGUCAACAAAAUUAUAACGUCAAGAUUGAAUCCGUCUAAAGUUUUAGAUCAGAAUAUUCAAAUAGCUAAUUACCAUUCUAACGCAAGUAAGAUGAAUACGUCUGUAUAUAUAAAUGUAAUAGAUAAAAUCUCAGCGAAAUCACCAGAAUUUAGCGAUAUUUAUGAUUUUAUAAAGAAAGAUUUAAAAUUGCUCCCUCAAAUGGUUUAUUCCCGCGCUACAUAUAAGAGAUAUACAAAUAAAUACUCAUACAUAAGAUACCUUAAUAAGAAUACAUAUAAUAAUGCGAACAAUGUAAACGAAGAGUUUAAACAGUUUGAUCUACAACUUGAAGAGAUGGUUUCACCAAUGUAUACAAUUUUUCUCGGACAAUUUAACGAGUCAAAUCCGUUUUUAGUUGUUGAGUGUGAACCUUGCUCGAUUAAGUUUACGGGACAAUAUUUGAUAAAUGACCUAAAGAAUCACUUCAAUGAACAGCACCAGAAUGAACCGGAUUGGAAAUGUACGAAUUGCAAGAAAAAAAUUUCAAUGACCGCACUAGCGCAAAACUGGUGGACUCAUAGAUGCUAGUAAUGUUAAAUUAUUUUAUUUAAAAACUUUAUGGCUCACAGACAUACAUCAUCUCUCGAUAUAAGUGUACAAAAGUUUCUCUUCCAGACAACAGUUGUGACAAAAACUUAAGUAUAAGAAUUUUAAAAUAGGAAUGUGUAAAAAUAAUUUAAGUAACAUAACUUAGAAUGUUUGAAAAUUAAAAUUAUUAGAACAUAUUGGAAAUAUGUAUGUAAAGCAUUGCAGUACAACCUUUAUAUUAAAUUACAUUAAGCUUGGAAAUAUGAGAUGAUUUAGAGGGUCUGAGGCAAAUUAACCGCGCAUUAAUAUAAAUUUAACAAUUUUUUUAGUUGCUUACUUUUUUUUUUGGAGAUAUAUAGUAAAAUACAAAAAUUUUACUUGUAUAUGUAUUAAAAGUGUUUACUUGGGACUAAACAUUGGAUAUUUGGAUUUACAAUUGGGAUAUAAAAAAGUUGUUUAAGAAAUUUCUUUGUGAACUUUUUUGUGGAAUCUCUCUCUUGUAGAGGCCUUGAGGAUGUAGCCCCGAAUGCUCCCCGCUAAUCCGGCCAAACGCGUAUCGUAACCGUAACGCGUAUGCCGUAAGCGAUAGUAAUAAAUCUUCAAUUUUACUGGGUUACUUUUAUAAAACAAUCGUGAUACUUUGUGAAAAUGGCAACAUUUUUUAAAUUUUAGUUAAUUAUAUAAAUGUGUCGUUUUUCGAGUAUGACUGUCUUUAAUUAAAGAGAUAUAACCUAAUGUUUUUUUAUUUACACAUAUGU